ACAGAUGAUCUGAAAUCUGAAAUUAGCAAAUUUCGGUCUGAGGUGCAGUCACGACUGCAACCAGUAACAGAUGCUGUGGUAAAAGCUAAGUCAGCAAUUAUCCGGCUACAAGAUGGACUCAGUGAGGUAUCUCUGCUAUUGCAAACACUUCAAGCGGCCAGUUACGAUGGAACAUUCAUUUGGAAGAUCCCCAAAGUAUUGCAAAGAAGAAACGAAGCUAGAACUGGGAAAACUGUAUCUUUGUACUCGGCUCCAUUCUAUACGAGUCGCCAUGGAUACAAGCUCUGUCUGAGACUCUACAUGAAUGGCGAUGGUACUGGAAAGGGCACUCACUUGUCGUUCUUUAUCACCCUAAUGCAAGGGGAGUACGAUGCCCUCCUCCCCUGGCCGUUCAGACCGGCAGUCACUCUGACCCUGGUGGACCAGAACAAGCAGCGAGACAUUGUCCAGUCAUUCCGUCCUGAACCAACCUCCUCAUCAUUCCAGAGACCACGCAAUGAGAUGAACGUUGCCUCAGGCUGCCCCACAUUCGCCCUCAUUUCUGUCCUUGACAACGUCUCCUACGUCAAGGACGAUACCUUGUUCCUUAAAUGCAAAGUCAACACCACUGGAUUAACCAAUGAAUAGUAUUUGAAAUCAUGCACGAUCCAAACUUUUUUGUUUUGCACAUUAAUUUUACAAGCAAUGUAGAUCUUCUAUAUAUGUGUUAAAUUCA